AUGAAAGAGCUGCCACUCGUGAGUCAGUGGGCCUUUCAGAUCGACAAACUAUUCCACGGCCGGCCCUCCGGUAUCGACAACUCCAUCUGCACCCACGGCGGAGCCCUACUGUUCAGGAGCGGGCAGAUCGUGGAACAGCUGCCAAAAGUGGACUCAUUUCCCGUGAUUCUGGUCAACACGAGAGUCGCGCGAAACACCAAAGCCAUGGUUGAGAUCGCGCGCCAAAAGUACAACAAAUUUCAGGCCAUUGUCGACAGUAUUUGGUCGGCGAUCGACGCCAUAUCGAUGAGGGCGUGGCAACUGAUCCAACAGAACAAGGAUUUAGACGACUUCGCGACUCUUUUCGAUAUGAAUCAACAUUUACUCAACAGCUUAGGGGUCGGCCACUCGGCCAUCGAUAAGAUCGUCGACUGCGCCAAACGCUACGGACUGUCCGCUAAGCUGACGGGCGCGGGCGGCGGCGGUACUGUUAUUAUAUACAAUACACUCAAAGGUACACUCAAUGGACACUUAAAACCUCUUUAUAUAUAUCUCAUGGACUAA